UAUCGUGAACGACAAAUAGCCAUUGUCCUCGCGUAUUCGCGGCGCCGUGGCAUGUUCGUUAUCUCCGUCUGUUCCUCUGCGUAUUGGCGUGUAUGUAUGUUUCCGACGUAAGUGUAUGCAUGUGUUACACGGUGUAUCGUUAGAUAUGUGUAUUUUUGCGCGCAUAACAACCAUAUGUGUGUCUCCUUCUAUUGUAUGUGUUUCGCUCCUCUCUCUCUCUAUCUAUCUCUCUCCCCUUCUGGCUGAGCCUUUAUUUUUGUUAUCCCGAUCACACUGCUGCCGUAGUAGUAGUGGCACUCCAGCCGACGGCGCCGAGCCGUAGGUGCCGUUGUCGCGCUGCUUCACUCCCAACGACGAAACCAUGCACGAGAAACCGCGAAACGGUGGUCACAGAGAGCACCCACCCCAAGACACUAAAAUCGUCGCGGGGCCCUCGUCGUGGCUCACGGCUUGGCUCGAGCUGGCUUUGGUGGGGUGGUUGGAGGUGCGGACAGUGGUUGAGAGGCUGGUGGGGUUGGAAAUUGCGUGGUGGUUCCCACCUAUGGACCUCCCCCCCUACCCUCAUCGUGCUCCUACCCCUUACGGCGCCCGUAGGGGCACCAUCGCCGCCGCCGUGGAGUGGGGUGAGAUCCUGGGCCACUUUGACGACUAUCCUCCCUGCUCCCGGAUCCCUUUCAGGUAGGGAGAAGGGGGUGAAGUGGGGGAGCCCUCACCCCACCCUCGCGGAAUGGUAUCACCAAGGCUCCGCGAGUCAAGAGCACGUUGCUCGCCUCGUCCGACACACUCGCUAAAAACGACGUGGGAUUUUCAUUUUGUUGCUCUCGCGAAAAACACGUGGUGGAAAGGGUGGGAGGGAAAGUUAGGUUAGGUCAGGGUGACUUAGGUUAGGUGCGGUGGUCGGGGUAGAGGCACAUGGUGUUCUUGUUUUGCGUAGAUGGGGUCGAAGCAACUUUGUUAAUCUUGUGACGUAAAAUUGAAAUAUUGUACAAUAUGAGUACAAUAGAAUAUAAAGUAAGAGAGUGUAGAGGUAUGCAUGCUUAUUUUUGUACAUACUUGAAAUGUUUUACUGAAACGUCUUCUCGCGUCUGGGAAACUCUAUUUAUCUAAUCUGUUUUUAAUAUAUGGUAAAUAAUGAAAGAAAGGAAAUUUUUUAAUGCGACCUAUUUUGGUAUUUGCACAGGAGUAACAUUCUUUGAACAAAAUCUAAGUCACAGCUUCCACUUUAAUUUAUAUCCUAGCAGCGUUAUUUCAAAAGAAAUACAACAUUGCUUUAAGAAUAAAUUGACUAGUGUGUGACUAUAUUAAGGUAGCAAAAACUAAUAAU